AUGGCUCGACCGGGAGGCGGGGACGAACACCCGCCCUUCCCGUUUCCGGGCGGUCUGUAUUACCCAGCCAAGCGGCGUACCAUCGACAUCGAUGCCGACGAUUACGAUGACCUGUACCGCGAACAGUCUCGCGUCAAGAGGCCAAGAUACAUACAAUAUGCCCAAUAUGCCGACACCGUUGCCUAUCAAUUGGCCGUGGAACCCAACGACCACAUCACCAACAACCUGAACCUAGUUGGAGCAGCGGGAGCUGGAGGAGGCGGGGGAGAAAGGGUUGCGGAUUUGCCACUCCUGUCCCACCCACACCCUCACCAUCCAUAUUCUCCCCCGGGCGACCCCCGCCCCCACCACUCCCACAUCCGUUCCCGACCGUCCCUGUCCCCUGACCGUUCGGUCUCGGCUCCGGCCCCUAUGGAACGGACGGUCUCGGGUCUCUCCAUCCGCCCGGACCCCACAGAAUCUCACGACCGUUGUGGUUCUAUGGAGCUUCUCGAAGACGCAGCAGCUGCCCAACGAGUUCGCGAGCACCUCGCCAACUUCACUCGACGCAACCCGGAUUCAAAGCACGAACGAAUUCUCAGGUCGAUUAUCAACCCCCGGGGUAGGCAUAGCGAACUCCAACCGCUUGACAACGACUCGCUAGAAUCCAUCUUUAGUGCCGCCAACGAGAUCUUCUUCAACGGACGUCUAAGUCAGAGGGUGAGGUGGGAUUGGUCCGAUGAAUCAAGUACGAGGUAUGACUGUCGGGUUAUUGGGACGACUGCACUGAGGAAGAAGAUUGACAAGGGAGGGAGAGGGUUCGAGACUUUGAUCGUGCUGAGCUCGACGAUACUCAGGGACAAGAGGUAUAACUGCCGAAGGUUGUUGAUCAGCACGUUCUUGCAUGAGCUGAUACACUGCUAUUUGUUCAUCUGCUGCGGUUUCAGGGCCAGAUGGGAGGGAGGCCAUACGAGAGGGUUCAGGGAGAUUGCCGAGAUUGUGGACGAAUGGGCGGGUGAAGGCAGUCGGUUGUAUUUGGGGAGGGUGGAGGCCGACUUGGAGUUGUUUAGGGUUGAGGGUUCAGAGGAAGCGGCUGAUGGUUAUUUCGCCCAUCGAAGGGGUCGGCAGGGCAGCCAGUAUCCAUGCUCUGGGAUGCCGGAACAACAUCAAGAAUCCUAUGGUGGCACUCAGGAGGUGGUCAAAUUCCAAGGAGGCCAGGACUUUGUCCAGAUCUUUCCUGAGGAUCACAACCGUGGGAGGAGCAUUGGGAGAAGCCCCAGCCGCCGAACAGACAGCAGCAAUGUCUGGUGGCGACAGCAGAGGACUGUGAGGCCUAGCCCGCUGUUCAUCACAUAUGGUGCGGGCAGUGGUGGCGUCAGCUACGGCGCAGACGAGGACGACUACAUAUAUCCUUCAUGA